AUGGAGCUGAGAAAUGACACCAGAGUAAAAGAAUUUAUAUUUCUGGGUCUCACUCAGUCACAACACCUGAGCCUGGUCUUAUGUCUUGUUUUGUGUUUUGUGUACGUGACAACUCUGCUUGGGAAUCUGCUUAUCAUGAUUAUCGUGACCUUUGAGUCCCGUCUGCACACGCCCAUGUACUUCCUGCUCCGAAACCUUGCCGUUCUAGACAUCUGCUUCUCCUCCAUCACAGCCCCAAAGGUCUUGGUGGACCUUCUGGCAAAGAAAAAGACCAUUUCCUACGCAAAAUGCAUGACACAGAUGUUUUUCUUCCAUCUGCUUGGUGGAGCAGACAUUUUUUCUCUCUCUGUGAUGGCAUUUGAUCGAUACAUGGCCAUCUCCAAGCCCCUGCACUAUGUGACCAUCAUGAGUAGUAAGCGGUGCACAGCCCUCAUCGCGGCCUCCUGGGUGGGCGGCUUUGUCCACUCGAUUGUGCAGAUCUCCCUCUUGCUCCCACUCCCCUUCUGUGGACCCAAUGUUCUUGAUACCUUCUACUGCGAUGUCCCACAGGUUCUCAAACUUGCCUGCACAGACACCUUUGUUCUUGAGCUCCUGAUGAUCUCAAACAAUGGCCUGGUCACUACCCUAUGGUUUAUCUUCCUUCUGGUGUCCUACAUGGUCAUCUUGAUGAUGUUGAGGUCUCAGGCAGGAGAAGACAGAAGAAAAGCCAUCUCCACCUGCACCUCCCACAUCACUGUGGUCACCCUGCAUUUUGUACCCUGCAUCUAUGUCUACGCCAGACCAUUCACUGCCCUCCCCACAGAUAAAGCCAUCUCUGUCACCUUCACAGUCAUCUCUCCUCUGUUGAACCCCUUGAUCUAUACUCUAAGGAACCAGGAAAUGAAGUCAGCCAUAAGAAGACUAAAGAGAAAACUCACUCCUCUUGAAAAGUAA